AUGGCCUCGACAUCUUCUGAGCGCCGAAGGAAGGCUGCCAAGGGCGUCAGCGAUGCGGAGGACUCCUCUGGCCGGGCCGCGCGCUUAAAAGCUGCAGAGGAGGCAGCUGCGCAGGCGGUCCAGGCGGCGCGGCAGGCGGCGGCGGCUGCAGAGGAGGCGGCAAGGACCGCGCGGGUGCUGAGGGAGGAGAUUGCAGCAGAGAAGGAAGAAGAGGAGCUGGAGUAUGAAGAAGGAGAGGAGGAGGUCAAGAGCCCGCGCCGGAGGUCUCCAUCUCCGCCAGUCCGCAGGCGUGGCCGCGUUCAAAGAAUCAGCGCGGCGGCGGCCAAGGCGGCGGUGGUGGCCGCGGUCGCGGCGGCUGGCGAGGAAAGGGCCGUGGCGGCGGCCGCGAUGGUGGACGCUGUGGCGAUACCUGCCACAAUUGUGGCCAGGAGGGCCACUGGGCAAGAGACUGCCCUCAUCCACGGCAAGACAGAGAUGGUGACCGUGAUGGUGGCGGUGACCGCGGCGGCGGACGGGGCAGAGGCCGUCGUGGCGGCGGCCGCGGUGGCAAUCAAGGCCAGCACGCUGGUGGCCGAGGGGGCGCAGGCGGCGGUGACGGCGGCCACAAUGGCCGUGUGCAGUAAAUCGACCUCAGUCUGGAAAGAGAGAGAGAAAAAUUGUGGGGAAACAAGCUUGAUGGAAAGGCUAGCAAAGAAACACACCCCUGGGUUAUCUAUAUACGAGACCUUCACUGUGGCCCUGCACCAGCGGCAGAAGACUGCUUUGCAGAGGAUUAGGGUUAUCUUUACCACUGUGAUGUUUGUUGUCCUGUUGAAAAGACGAGCAGUGGAGAUGCAACGUAACGUGGCCUCUUCUUCAGGCGUGAUAGCAAGAAGCAUGAAUAAGAACGAGUCCAUAAGGAUCAUAAUGGAAGAACAACUAGAGGUGCAGAGGCACCUCCAGAAGAGGCUUGAAGCCCAGCGGAAGUACCUUCAGUCCAUCCAGGAGAAAGCAUACCAAGCGGUCAGGCCCACUGCGCCACGUGGCCCGCAGGUCAGAGCCGUCCCGGACAAAACCGAGGCCCUGUGCAAAGUUUAA